AUAUUUUAUAUAUAUUUUAAUGUUGUGUUAAAAAUUUCUGAAAACAAAGUCAUGUAUUUAGGUUUUACAUAAAGUAUUUGUUCUUGAUUUAAUUAACUGCACUCUGAGGUGGCUUAUGUUUGACAGAGCAUGGAUACUGACACUCCUUCUGCUCAAGCACCACCUAAAAAGGAGUGGACUUUAGAAGUAGACCACGAAUUACGACUUGAAGUAGCUAAGGACAAUGAAGUAGAAGUUAUGAUAGUUGAUGGCCAAGCUGAAAUAUUUGGUACAGAGUUGGUCCGAAAUAGGCGCUAUUUAUUUGGUAGUGGUGCAAAAGUUGCUGUUUUUACAUGGCAUGGAUGUGUUGUGGAGGUAACAGGUGAAUUAGAAGUAAGUUAUAUUUCUGGUGAAACACCGAUGGUUAUAUAUUUAAACGUACAUAUGGCAAUUGAGCAAAUGAGACAAAAAGUUGAAAAGCAAAAUGACAGUUCCAUUGGUCCAAAGGUGAUGAUAUGUGGACCUGUCAAUGUUGGAAAAUCAACUCUCAGUCGUAUUCUUUUAAAUUACAGUGUUCGAAUGGGAAGAAGACCAAUAUUUGUUGACCUCGAUGUGGGGCAGGGAUCUAUAUCUGUUCCUGGAACAAUGGGUGCUCUUCUUGUUGAAAGGCCAGCUGAUGCAGAGGAAGGGUUUUCUUUACAGACUCCUUUGGUUUAUAAUUUUGGAAAUGCAAGUCCAGCCGAUAACAUGAAACUGUACAAUGUUCUAGCCACACAGUUAGCAGAUGUUGUUUUCAAACAUUUCGAGCAUAACGAAAAAGCUGGCGUUAGUGGUUGCAUCAUUAACACCUGUGGUUGGGUGACAGGGGGUGGAUUCAAGAUUCUCAUGAAUAUUGUACAAGUUUUUAAAGUUGAUGUGAUCUUGGUGUUAGAUCAUGAACGUGUUUACAACGAUUUCAAAACAAAUCUUGGUGAUUUGGUUCAAUGCGUACAUUUGCCUAAAUCUGGUGGGGUCUUUGAAAGAAGUCAAGAGCAGAGAAGAAACGCACGUGAUGAGAAAAUUCGAGAAUAUUUUUACGGUGGCCGAACACCGUUGUAUCCUCAUGUUUUCGACGUAAAAUUCGAUGAAGUGAAACUGUUUAAAAUUGGAGCUCCCGAAGUUCCCGACUCCUGUUUACCACUCGGUAUGGAACCUGAAGACAGUAGUAUGAAAGCUGUUCCUGUAGCACCAAGUGUUGCUCUACUUCAUUCAUUGUGUGCUGUCAGUGCUGCCGAAUCGCCGGAAGACGAUUUAACGAAAUCCAAUGUUGUUGGAUUCAUUGUAAUUACAAAUGUAGACAUUGAGUCAAAGAUGUUCACAGUUUUAUCGCCAGCACCCAGACCUCUGCCGAAAGAAUAUUUAAUAGUGAGUGACAUUAAAUUCAUGGAUUUAAAGUAGCGGUUUGAGUAAUCGAGCUUCAAAUAAAUGAAGUAACCUGGUUGAUCGAGAGCAAAAAAAAUCAUUACGGUUUGAAGAGUUUUUGUCCAAAGAGUUUAUGCGUCAAAAACGAAUGAAACAAAAAAACAAAAACGCUGUAUCAGCAUGUUCGCUUGUUAGAAGAAUAUGCAACGUGAUUAAGAUGUAUGACAGAAGUUAUAUUUCGAAACAGACAUUAUGCACGAUUGAAAAAAAAAGAUAUUUUUAAAGAGCCGUCCUGUUUUUUUAUCUGUAUAGUCUCCUAAGAGUUAAAACGUUAUUACACUCUUUUU